UUUUCUGCACUUCCUGUCACGUGGAUAUAAACACGGUAUACCAGGUAGCAAAAUUAAUGUGUGACAACCGAGUCCAAAAUACACCAAGCCCCAGUGAGGAAAAAACCACCUCAGAAGUUUGGACUUCCUAAUUAUUCAUUAAAGAGAAGAACAAAAAUAGAGAUGGACUAAAAUACCAACAUAUAAACCAAAAUGUCGAGGUUACCAAAGAAGGGAGACAACAGACCAGUUGCCGUGUCUGACAACAACAGACCAGUUAUCGCCUCAGACAACAGGCCUGUAGCUGUGUCAGACAACAACAGGCCAGUAGCUGUUUCUGACAACAACAGGCCAGUAGCUGUUUCUGACAACAACAGGCCAGUAGCUGUUUCUGACGACAACAGACCGGUAAUUGCAAGAGACGACAACAGACCAGUUGUUGCGUCAGAAAAGUUGUUUGUAUGUGCAAUCGACUUUGGAACAACCUAUUCUGGCUACGCAUAUUCAACGAGGCAAAAUCCAAUUAAAAUAUAUUGCCCUCAUUGGCAUUCAGGCAGCACCACUCUCAUUUCUUACAAGACCCCUACUACUGUACUUCUAGACGAACAGAUGAAUUUUCUAGCGUUUGGCUACGAAGCUGAAAAGAAAUACCUUGAGUUAGCUGAAGAUGAUGCUUCUGAUGAUUUCUACUAUUUCCGAAGAUUCAAAAUGAUCCUGUAUGAUAAACUACGAUCAGGAGAAAGACUUUCUACCAAGACAACAGUUUCCGACAUAAUAGGAAAAGAAAUGCUAGCUGUAGACGUAUUUUCCCAUGCAAUUAAAUAUCUUAAAGACCACUUGCUGAAGGAGCACAAAGAUCGAGGCACGUCAAUAAAAGACUUGGAUAUACAUUGGGUACUGACUGUCCCGGCCAUUUGGGACGAUCCGGCGAAACAAUUUAUGAGAAAAGCAGCAGAAAAGGCAGGAAUAGACAGCAAUAGAUUAGUGAUCGCGUUGGAGCCUGAGGCAGCAUCUAUCCUCUGUAAAGAGUUGCAGUUGGCGAAAUAUGAGGAUGGUUCUGAUAGUAUUAACGUGUUUUCACCUGGACAGAGAUAUCUCGUAUUAGACGCAGGAGGUGGGACCAUUGACAUGACUGUACACGAGGUGAAGUCUGGAGGGAAACUUCACGAACUGAGUCGAGCCAGCGGGGGAGACUGGGGCGGUGUAUUGGUGGACAAAACCUUCAAACAGAUGCUUAUUGACAUAGUCGGAGAGGAGUUUAUGGAGGAAUAUUGUCGUUUUAACACGGCGGAUUACAUUGAUGUAUUGAGAGAUUUUGAAAUAAAGAAACGUGAAAAAUCAGAAACAAAACUGGUCACUUUGAAAAUUUCACCGACAUUUUCGGAAAACUUUAAGAAGAAAAAUAGUAAAAGCAUUUCACAAAAAACAAAGGAUACCAAGUACGCAAAAUUAUUGAAAUGGGAAGGAGACAAAAUCCGAAUGGAUAGAGAAUUGUUUGAAAGUUUUUUCACUCCGUCCUGUAAACACAUAGUCGAUCACGUUGGAGAGAUUUUAUCUAAUCCAAAAGUAAAAGGGACAAAAGUAAUUCUAAUGGUUGGCGGCUUUUCUGAAUCGGCAAUACUACAAGAUGCUGUCAGAAAAGCUUUCCCAGAAUGCCGAGUGGUGGUUCCGCAUGAAGCAGGACUAGCUGUUCUAAAAGGCGCCGUGUUGUUUGGACAUGAUCAAAGCGUUGUUGCAUCUAGGGUGGCAAAAUUCACCUACGGAAUAGGUUGUUCAGAACUAUUUGAUCCGAAAAAACACGACCCCAAAAGAAAAACGAAGGAUAAAAGAGAUGGAAAAGAGAGAUGUCAUUGUAUAUUUAGCAAGCACGUUGAAGCGGGAGAUGUUCUGAUUUUAAAUGAAGAUCAAGGAAAACAUGUCUAUCAUCCAAUUUAUGCCGAUCAAACAACCAUAUCAUUCCCUGUUUACACGUCAAAAGAACCGAACCCGAUGUACACAGAUGAACCUGGUUGUAAUCUUUUGGGAACUUUGGAAAUGGACAUUUCCGACAUUACUGGCGGGUUGGAGCGAGGAUUUGAAGCAAAAUUUCAGUUUGGGGGAACAGAGAUCACUGUUAGUGCCAGAAACGUUCGUACAAAUGAGACUGCGGCCGCAGAAUUUAAUUUCCUUGACGACGAACCUUGAUGAAUUGAAUAUUUAUGAUGCAUAUAUAUUCUAGUAAUUUUUGCUAUUCUAAACAUGUUUAACUUUGAAUGAAAAAAAAAAUCAUCUUGACAAAAUAUAUGAUAUGUUCAUUCAUCAAAGAAUUUUAAUUUUAUGAAAAUUAUUGAAACAACUGGUUAUGGUACAUGCAAUUGAAAACUUCGGUUUAAUAUUCUUGUCAACUUCAUUUAUAUAAACGGGGGUUGGGGUGCUCAAGAUUUUUUAUCAAUAAAAAAGCAGCUUUUAAGAUUUUAAUAUUAAGAUUGAUGAAAUGUAUCAUGUAUGUAAACCAUGCAAAUUGUUUUGUAAAUAUAUUAUGAAUUCACAGACCAGAAUGUAAAAGAAUGGUAUUUAAGUUCAUUUUUUUUACCAGAAAAUAUCCCAAAUAUUUGACAAUCGUUCGAAUAAUGCAAAGAACAAUUCAAAUAAUAAAAAUAUUUUCGACUUUCCUGGUUUUGUUUU